CCGGGUGCGGCGGCGGCGACGGCGGCGGUGGUGGUGGCGGCAGCGGGGCCUGGAGCCGGACCUAAGAUGGCAGCGGCGGCAGCGACGGCGGUGGGGCCGGGUGCGGGGAGCGCUGGGGUGGCGGGCCCGGGCGGCGCGGGGCCCUGCGCGACAGUGUCGGUGUUCCCCGGCGCCCGCCUCCUCACUAUCGGCGACGCGAACGGCGAGAUCCAGCGGCACGCGGAGCAGCAGGCGCUGCGCCUUGAGGUGCGCGCCGGACCAGACGCGGCGGGCAUCGCCCUCUACAGCCAUGAAGAUGUGUGUGUGUUCAAGUGCUCAGUGUCCCGAGAGACAGAGUGUAGCCGUGUGGGCAGACAGUCCUUCAUCAUCACCCUGGGCUGCAACAGCGUCCUCAUCCAGUUCGCCACACCCCAUGACUUCUGUUCUUUCUACAACAUCCUGAAAACCUGCCGGGGCCACACCCUGGAGCGCUCUGUGUUCAGUGAGCGGACAGAGGAAUCCUCAGCUGUGCAGUACUUCCAGUUCUAUGGCUACCUGUCCCAGCAGCAGAACAUGAUGCAGGACUAUGUGCGGACAGGCACCUACCAGCGUGCAAUCCUGCAGAACCACACUGACUUCAAGGACAAGAUUGUUCUAGACGUGGGCUGUGGCUCUGGGAUCCUGUCAUUUUUUGCUGCUCAAGCAGGAGCCAGGAAAAUCUAUGCCGUGGAAGCCAGCACCAUGGCUCAGCAUGCAGAGGUCCUGGUGAAGAGUAACAAUCUGACGGACCGCAUCGUGGUCAUCCCCGGCAAAGUAGAGGAGGUCUCACUGCCUGAGCAAGUGGACAUUAUCAUCUCAGAGCCCAUGGGCUACAUGCUCUUCAACGAACGUAUGCUUGAGAGCUACCUCCAUGCCAAAAAGUACCUGAAACCCAGUGGAAACAUGUUCCCCACCAUUGGUGAUGUCCACCUCGCACCCUUCACCGAUGAACAGCUCUACAUGGAGCAGUUCACCAAAGCCAACUUCUGGUACCAGCCAUCCUUCCAUGGAGUGGACCUGUCAGCCCUCCGAGGCGCUGCUGUGGAUGAGUACUUCCGGCAACCUGUGGUGGACACAUUUGACAUCCGGAUCCUGAUGGCAAAGUCUGUCAAGUACACAGUGAACUUCUUAGAAGCCAAAGAAGGCGAUUUGCACAGGAUAGAAAUUCCAUUCAAAUUCCACAUGCUGCAUUCAGGGCUGGUCCAUGGCUUGGCCUUCUGGUUCGAUGUUGCUUUCAUUGGCUCCAUAAUGACCGUGUGGCUCUCCACAGCCCCAACAGAGCCCCUGACCCACUGGUACCAAGUCCGGUGCCUCUUCCAGUCACCGUUGUUUGCCAAGGCCGGGGACACGCUCUCAGGGACAUGUCUGCUUAUUGCCAACAAAAGACAGAGCUAUGACAUCAGUAUUGUGGCACAGGUGGACCAGACAGGAUCCAAGUCUAGUAACCUGCUGGAUCUAAAGAACCCCUUCUUCAGGUACACAGGUACAACCCCAUCACCCCCGCCUGGCUCACACUACACAUCUCCCUCGGAGAAUAUGUGGAACACAGGAAGUACCUACAAUCUCAGUAGUGGGGUGGCUGUGGCUGGAAUGCCUACUGCCUAUGACCUGAGCAGUGUUAUUGCCGGCGGCUCCAGUGUGGGUCACAACAACCUGAUUCCCUUAGCCAACACAGGGAUUGUCAAUCACACCCACUCCCGGAUGGGCUCCAUAAUGAGCACGGGCAUUGUCCAAGGUAACAGGGUAGCGGGGCCGUGGGCGGGGGGCCUCCCGCCUGGCCUGCGCACACGUUCAAGCUACCAGUGGGGGCCAGGCAGGCUCAGGGGUCAUGCUGGCUCCUCAGUGCCCAUGACCUGCCCUACAGGCUCCUCAGGUGCCCAGGGAGGCGGCGGUAGCUCGAGUGCCCACUAUGCAGUCAACAACCAGUUCACCAUGGGUGGCCCUGCCAUCUCUAUGGCCUCGCCCAUGUCCAUCCCGACCAACACCAUGCACUAUGGGAGUUAGGUGCCUCCAGCCGCGACAGCACUGCGCACUGACAGCACCAGGAAACCAAAUGAAGUCCAGGCCCAGCACAGCCAGUGGCUGUCCCCUCCUUGUGCUGGAGAAGCGUGAACGCCCGGUCACAGCCUUCUUUGCUAUGGGAACUUGGACACUUUUGUACACGAUGUCGCCGCUGCCCUCAAGUACCCCCAAGCCCAACCUUUGGUCCCAAGCGCGUGUUGCUGCCAUACUUUACAUGAGAUCCUGUUGGGGCAGCCUUCAUCCUGUUCUGUCCUCUCCACUCUGACCUGGCUUUGACAUCCGCUGGAAGAGGCAAGUCCUCCCCCACCCCCACAGCUGCACCUGACCAGGCAGGAGGAGGCCAGCAGCUGCCACCACAGACCUGGCAGCACCCACCCCCACAACCCAUCCUUGCAACUCCCCUCACUGGGGUGGCAGCACAGCCAGCUGGACCGCUCCUUCAACUACCAGGCCACAUGGUCACCAUGGGCGUGACAUGCUGCUUUUUUUAAUUUUAUUUUUUUACGAAAAGAACCAGUGUCAACCCACAGACCCUCUGAGAAACCCGGCUGGCCGGGCCAAGCCAGCAGCCCCUGUCCCUAGGCCCUAGGUUCUAGGUGAGGGGUGGCCCUGCCAAGCCUUCAGGGCGGGCACAGCCCCCUCCCACCCAAGGGUUCACCUCAAACUUGAAUGUACAAACCACCCAGCUGUUCAAAGGCCUAGCCCCUGCUUUUACUACUGCCCUGUCCUGAGCCCUGAAGGUUCCCUCCAGCAAAAGCUGGAACAGGCAGCCCAGAGUGAGUCACCCUGGGCUACUGGGGCAGACCAGAAACCUCAACGAUCUGUCAGACAUGGAAGGUGUCCUCUCCUGAUAGCUAACAUAGGCCUGUGUUCCAUUCACAUUCAUGUUCCACUUACUCCCCUCAAGACAGCAUCCCUGGGAAGGGGCCUAGCAGGGACCUCUCCCCAGACAAGAAGAAAAGCAAACAAGGAAGGGUGAUUAAUAAGCACAGGCAGUUUCCCCUGCUCCCUUGCCCUAGAGUCCCCACCUCAAUGGCCACAGCUCAGGCUGGGCUUUUGCCCGCCAUAGGUACCCCUUGGCAAAGGCUGGAGCUGCUCCGUGCCACCCUCCUGACCUGUCAGGGAAUCAGAGGGCCCUCGGGCAGCUGGGAACCGGGCUCUCCUGUCCAUCAGUAAUACUCCCUGCUCGGCUGCCCCUCCCCACCUUUAUAUAAAUUCUCUGGAUCACCUUUGCAUAGAAAAUAAAAGUGUUUGCUUUUUAAGAAAAGCCUGCAAAACA